AUGUCUCACAGGUUAUUUUUCAUCACACCUAACUUGUUCCCAGUCUGCCCUUCCCUCGUCUGUGGGACGACAACGGAAGGUGCUCUUGAUGCAAGGCUCCUUCGGCGGUUCCUGGACACAGUGACGACCGAAGGUGCCAUCGGCAUCUCAGCCUCAUAUCGCGAGGAUUCUCGACUCAGUGCCAUUGCAUUUUCCUCCCUAUCGGCAGCUCUCGUGGUACACGUUACCCUCAGCAGUGAUCUGCCUCGAAGGAGUAGCCGUGGAGAGCGAGCUAGAAUUACGCAAGCGAGGAACCUCCUCCGAGAGCAAAUUCUAUGCAAUGCGGACUACGGGAAGUACGCAUUUAGAAUGGAUCGUAUUGCAAUCGCAUUGUAUUUGGACAUGGGGUUGCGCAUUGAGCACGCUGUAGAUAUGUUGUCAGCGUCGCACAGUGACAGGCAGUCCCUUCAGGCGCUUAUCGAUGUAAUGGAUGGCGGAUCGACUUUGCACAGGUCGAACGUGAAGGCAUUAUUUUUCAGUGACAAGUUCGGCACUGUAUCGGAUUCAGACCUUGUCCAGCAAGCAUGGGCAGCGUGUCAGGCGUCCGCUUUUUCCGACAUGGCUACACGCUUCCGCGAGCUGAGAAGAAUCAGAACCAAUGUGAUACCAGAAGAACAUAUGGCCGCUCUUGCCAAGAUCUAUCGUGAUGGAGAGCGUUCAGAUUUCUUAAAGCCACAGACUGUUAAGAACGACGUUAUGCCAGGUAUCACAGCGGCGAUGGAUAAUCUUACGUUGACUUGUGGUCGCUACUCCACUCGUAUCAGAAGCUCAACUCAGCAGUUCCUCCAGAUAGAAACACGGAACGGAGUUCGAGUGUCGGGUCGUGCUAUCCGCGUCGAAGGACGCCAGGCGCAAAUUUCCCUUUCCGGUUCCCUUCGGGGCGAUGAGAUAAAGUCCGUCACGACAGUCGGCAAGGCCGACCUCACGUCUGCAGAAGCUUGUCGUGCAAGCGUUAUCCUUGCUAUCUUGAAGGGAGAGACUACCCUGUUGUCACAGUCAUUCUUCAAGGUCAUAUGGCUUCCCAAGCAUCCUCCUUCGUGGCCAGCUAUCGAUUUUACCAAGCCGCGAAUACUGAUUUGUUGCCCCAAUCUCGAUGUCAAUACCUCUCAGGAAAGAGCCAUCGAGAAAAUUUUGUCUGCCUCAGAUGAGGACCGAGUCGUUUUGAUUCAGGGACCUCCAGGAACCGGCAAGACGACGGUCAUUACUGCCGCAGUUACCAGCAUCAUUUCCUGCCCCGCUGCUCAUAGUCGGACCAUUUGGAUAGCUGCGCAAUCGAACGUCGCUGUGAAGAACGUCGCCGAGAAGUUUGACAAGAUAGGAUUCCAUGACUUUAAGCUUCUGGUGUCGUUGGAAUUCCACUUUGACUGGCACGAACACCUCUAUGAGAAGCUUGCACCAUGCGUCAUUCGCUCUGACUCGUUCAGGAAUGGCAGAGUCGGCGCAUCGAGGCAACUGUGCGGCGCUAGGGUUAUUCUGUGUACACUAAGCAUGUUGUCGAAUGACCACAUCGCGCCCUAUGUCCAAGUGAAUCCAGUGGAUAUUCUGAUUUUUGAUGAGGGCAGUCAGAUAGAAGUCGGGAAUUACGUUCCCGUUCUCUACCGCUUUGGAGGUACCCUAUCCAAGAUUGCUUUCAUUAGGGACUGUAAACAACACCGUAUGCCAGGUGUCAUCGGCGACUUCAUAUCGCAGAAAGUCUACAAUGGGAAAUUGAGGACUUGUCAUGCAAACGCUGUUAAGUCACCUUGUCGUUUUAUCGAUGUUGAAAGAGGACAGGAAAAACAAUCGGGAAAGAGUUGGAUCAAUCCUUCCGAGGCACUCGUUGUAGCGCAGAUUGCCCGUGUAUACGAGGCUAAGGGGCUCGACUUUCGUAUCAUCACACCGUACGACGCCCAGCGCUCUCUCAUUGAACGUGAGCUACAGGCGGCGAACAUAUGCUAUAAGGACAAAGUAUUUAAUGUAGAUUCAUUUCAAGGCAAUGAAGCGGAACAUAUAAUUAUCUCCGUCGUUAGGUCAAACAAGCUUGGAUUUCUGGCUAACCAACGACGAACCAACGUCAUGCUUACCCGUUGUAGCAAGACCAUGGUCAUAUGCACGAGUCGAGCAUUCAUCCAGGGUAAAGGGGCAUCAACGCUUAUCGGACACCUUGCCGCCGCUGUCGGACCACGAGCAUGGAUAACUGGAGAAGUGCUACUCAUGUUCUUGGGACUGCGCCCCACGCCGUUCAAUACUGUUGGCUCGUCCGAAGCCUCCGCAUCUUAG